AUGUCCAACCAACCGCAGUCGGCCACCGAACACGAACUUGGAUUAACAGUAUCAAAAAGCACGUUUGCACCACCUGGAGCGAACCCCUUCUCGCGCUAUGUGAGCACGGACUACCAAUGGACGGGCAACGAUGCAAGCGUGGACUCGUGGGCCAUCCGUGACUUCCACUCCUGGAACGCCAAGGCCUUCCUCAAGUGGCCUGUCAAGGAUCAGCUGCUUUGCAGUGCAUGCUGGGCGUAUGCGGUGGUGGCGAGUGUGGAGGCUGCGUACGGCAUCGCAUUGAAUCAAGCCGCUCCCCAGCUGUCAGUGGAGUCCCUCUUUGCAGCCAUGGGGCUCACCGAUGCAGACAAGUGCACUGCUGGAGGCUCCCCCACUGCCGCCUUUGAGAAGCUCGUCACUCUUGAUGCCAGCAGUGGACUCACAGAUAAUAGUGACCCGGAAACUACAUACCUGGUGGCAGCAUUUGAGCGGGCGCUCUUCAAGGGGUACUUUGGGCUCAUGCUGGCAGUGCGGCGCCAGCCAGUGGUGGUUCAUAUCGAGGCUACGACCGACACAUUCAUCCAAUAUGAUGGGUCGUUCAAGUACCAGGACCCUGCGUGCUACACGGGCAAUCUGAACCAUGUGGUGCUCGUCGUUGGCUACUUCAUCAAUCGAGACGACGGCAGCCAGAACCGCAUCCCUCCACCAUUUUGGAUCAUCCGCAACUCAUGGGGAGUGGAGUGGGGCGACAGGGGCCACAUGCGCAUGGACAUACGGGGAGGGGAUGGCGUGUGUGGCAUCAACGUGCUGCCUGGCAUCUACCCCAUUGUCAAAAGUGAAGCAUCUACCCCGUUUACCAUGUUGUUAAGAGUGAUUACCUAA